AUCAGACGGUGCGUGUGACUGGGAAAGAAAACUGCGAGGAAAGGGGAAAAGGCGUUCCCGUCCUCAGACCGGCGAUCCUGUGCACAGACCGAGCGGACGGACUGAACCGCAAAAUACAGGACGACACGCCUGUCUGUAAAAUGAUAAUAAUGAUAAUAAACCUUAUAUAAAACAGUCAGAACUGUAUCAAAUGAAACGUAGCAAAUACAUUUUAUGAACCCAAUACCCAGCGAAUAUAUGAUCGGACGGGGUUAUAGCGCAUGCUGAGCCCUUUUGACACCAUAGGAAAAGAUACUGACUGGACAGACGGCAGAGAGACAGACGGGGACACUUUCGAUCUCUUUUUUUGUCCAGAGCAUCUCUCAGCGGUCGGCUGAUUCUUUCACUCCCAAAGCCAUGUCAGAAUACAGUGACCUUCUCAGCGACUUAUCAGAUAACAUCACCAAAGAGGAUCUGGACCAGCUCAAGUCUGCCUGCAAGGAGGACAUCCCUGAUGACCAGAGCAACGCCAUCACUUCCUCAUCGGAGUGGUUCAGCUACCUGGAAAAGAAUGACAAGCUUGCACAAGACAACCUGUCAUACAUUGAGCACAUCUUUGAGAUCUCCCGGCGUCCCGACCUGCUCACACGUGUCAUUGAAUACCGAACCACUGUGCUGAAGAUCACAGAGGACGAUGACAUCGACACCAAGCUCACACGCAUCCCCUCUGCCAAGAAGUACAAAGAUGUCAUUCGCCAGCCCUCGGAGGAUGAGAUCAUCAAGCUGGCCCCUCCUCCCAAGAAAGCCUGAAGUCAAAGAUCCUGAUUGCUGCAUUGCUCCCCUUCAUCAUAACCCAGCCCCAUCUCUCCUCCGUGCCCCUGCCACUCUCGACUAUUGCACAUCACAGUGGCACUAACAGCUGCCUAUCAGCCAGACAGUCAGAUUUCAACUAUCACCAACUAUCAUGGACUUAAGAGAAGACUGGAAGGAGAGAAGAAACUAAUAGAGGGAAAGCACUUCCAUUCUACAGCUGAGUGGGUUACCCCUGUGCCUGUAUACUUUGCUAUUGCACACUAACACCCCCAGUACAAUGCGUGUUUGUCUCUGAACCCAGGAUACAUUGCCCAAAUAUUUAUACCGCAGUAAAAAUACAUAUGACACAGUGCCAUGAUAUGCUGUGUCGACUUGCCCUAACAGGCGACACCAGUUGUGAGUUCGAGUGCUUUUGCCUGGCACAAGCUGAAUCACUAAAGUUGUUAUGCUGUAUUUUCAUGUGCUAGACAGUAUAUUCCUGGUGACAGAAUACCUUGGAUGUUGUGGAAAUUUGUUCAAAAACACAGUCACCGCAGAACAAAAAUCCACUUGACAGAAUUCCAUCUGUGUCACUGUUAUUUGAAGACCAAUGUUUGCCUUGUGGACGAUUAAUAUCUUGAAUGAUAAAAAUAUAUUUUUAGGAGGUCUUUGUUGUUUUUAUUUGGAUAACUUUCUGGCUUAAAUAUUACAUUUUGAACACAUUUUAGUUUGAAUAUCAGCAGUUAUGAGAAAUAAAUCUAUUAACCCACAUAAAUGUAAAAUUCACCAGGAUUUACAAGUCAGCUAUUUUAAUCUUUGUAGUACCCCGUAACCAUCUUCUUUCUGGAAAAAUAGAAAACAAGUUUGUUUUUUCUUUCAUCAAGUAUGUUUUGCAUUGCCUGCCCAGUGUGAUUAAGAUUAAGAACUGUUAAUAUACCUGAUUGAAAUUAAGGUAUAUCAUAAUGCAGAUAUUCUUUGAAAUAUUUAUUAUAUUUUACUAUUGUGUAUUAAAUAUGUAGUUAUGAUUUUCGUAGCUAAUGAAGCAAAAAAAAGAUGCAUAAAUUUUUUUUUUCGUCAUAAUGGAGAAAAAUUUCAUAUUAAAAGCAGGCUUAAUGUAUUUCUAGUGCACAGUCCAGAUCAAGAUAAAAGGUGCAGGAAUGGACGCUUACUUCUCUAUUUGGUUGAGAACAAAGAGGACUGUGUUUGAGAGAAAGCACUUUGUGAGGAAGGAAAGUAAGCAAAUGUACGCUGAUUCAGACAGAAAUAAGGAAACACUAAAAUACUGCGUAUAGAGAUACAUUGGAUAAAACUACAUUGAUUACUGUGGUGUAUCUGUUAGAGAUAAUCUAACCAUGCAGUAGUGGAUUUGAACCUGGAGGUACACAUUUGAACAGUCCUGCCAUUGUAAACAAAUAUGCACCCAGACUGUUGACUGAACUCACACAAUACAAUCACUGUGUCUGCAGUAAUCAACAAAGCCUUAACUGAACUCAGAUGCCACAAGAAAUGUGUGAAAAUUGUAAAUAUGCAUGUAGCCCGGGCCCAAAAAUAUUGCCCUGGUGCUGAAGAUCAAGAAACUGACAACUGUCUGAAAUUUUUCCCCUUUAAAGUCCAGUUGUUUGUUUUCAGCACUAGUGUGGGAAACAUCAGAGUGAAAACAGUCUAUGCAUUUUGUUGUGGGCUAACGGCAGGAUGAGUACCCAUGUAUCCCUUCUCCGGCUUCUUUGUUUCUAUUGCUGCUGUAGCAUUUUGAAAUUUUAGAGAACUGGACGCCCAUUGAUGACAUCACCCUACUUUCCCUGUAACAUGGAUGGGUGUUUUCCUUCCAUUCUCCUGUUUCUGCAGGCUAAAUAGACAUUUAACGUUUGCACUGUCAAAGUACUCCAUGCUGCUUGAAUUGUAAUUGUAAACCUAUACCCAGAAUCAAUCAGGGAGGUUCCCGCUGUCCCAGGCCAUCCAAGUAAGUGGCUACAAUGGUUGUCCUGGUGGAGAUGUUAAACGGAACCUUACAGUCCACUAUCAAGUGAAAUUGUCACUAUGGAGAUAUCUGUGACAAAAUUAUAAUUUGUCAUUUUUUUCAUGGCUAUUUUAUAAAACUUGAUUUGAGGAAAAAAAACAUUUUAAAGGCCAAUUCAAAGAUGUAAUGGGCUUUUGACAGUUGUGUUUGAGGGGCUUACAAGCUUAAAAAAAUGUAAAUUCCAUUGUUGUCUGUGCUCAUUCAAAAUUGAACCUAGUGAUAAGUGUUUUACAGCAUUGUGUGGCACUUCUAAGACCUAGCAGAUGAAACACACAUAAAUCUGUCAUUAAUAGCCAAGGCUAAAAUUUAAAACGUUUGUGGAACAGUUUUAAUGCUUAGAAAAUAUAUUAUGGGAUGGUCAACUCAGAAUACCAACAGUUAUUAAUUUAAAUAUGCAGUGCAUUACAUUACAUUGUUUGUUAAUUUGUAUCAUUUAAAAUCAUUUUAAGCUUAUUGCAAUAGGGGACUAUGGGUCCGGCAGUUGUUUUUAUUAAAAUAAAUUUGAAGAAUCCCAUGAUAUACUUAUGACCAUUUAAAAAAAUUUAAUUUAGUUGUACAUACUGUAUUAUUAUUCUGUGUUUAUUGAUUAAUUUAUUUAAUUCAGGUAUGUUAAAAUGCUGUACUUUUUAAAGGGUUAAAAUGUUUACCGACUGCAUAUGCGGGCACAAAAAUAUGUGGGAAUUUAUGUCAAAAGAAAACUGUAAGAAUUAUUAACAAUGGUCAGAAAAUGCUGAGGUGAAAUUGCAGUCAUGUAGCUCUUUUUACCUUUAUGAGGUGUUUUCUGGAAAGUGACUUUCAAGGUUUGUCGCAUUAUUCGUAGUUGGAUCUGUCCUUGAUCUGUCUGGAAAUGCCCUGACUUCGUAAUACUGUUGCUUUUAAUUUGUGAUUGUGACUUUUGAAAAUGAAAGCAUUUCUUUACUGUUGUGAAAAACAAAGCAACAAACUUUAAUCUUUAUCAGAGAAAGUGUCCAAAUGGUCAAGUAUGUUGCAAACAGGUGUUGGGAACUUUUUCAGAGACCAGGAGACGUUGGGAUAUCAUAACAGGGGUAUAAAGUAGGGUUAUAGGAAGUAUUUAGAUUUUGAAAUUAAUGAGUCCGAGGGGGAUUUGUGCCAUAGGGUUAAAGCACAGUGAGCCAGUCUAUUCUGUGCAUAUGUGUGUCUGUAUGGAUGACUGCUGUAUGGACUGUAUUGGUGGAAAUGGUGUCCUCGUGGACAGAAUUUAUAGUUUUAUAAAUUCUUAAUAAUAGCUUGAUUAAAUAGCUGGUGCUACAUUACAGCUUGGUUACAGUGCAUUAAUGGCAUCUUCAACUUGGCCAGACAAGGUGUACCGACAAGCACUGCAGACAAGGUACCAGUCACCCUUAAGGGUAUGCCAUUAGAUUAGAUACAACGCUAAAUAAGAACAUCCUGGAACAGACCUGGCAACCUACCAUAGAAUGGGUUUGGGAAAAAAGUCCAGCAACUGAGGGUCUUUGAGUUGAAAAUCUGAACUGAAGGAACGGAAAAUGUGAAAUGAGUUUACAUGAUGCACUAAAGCGAGCUUUCAUGCUAUAGAAAAGUGCCAAGUUGCUUUACUUGUAAAACUGUGGAUUUGACUUGAAUGAGUAGCGCUCAUUAGGUCUGUAGAUGUUUAAGAAGCAAAAAUGAUAAGAAUAAUUUGCAAUGCUGUACAACAAUAAUGUUUUAAGCCACUGUGUGUGAUUCAGUUUCAUUUUGCUGUGGAAGGUAGUGAAGGUAGUCAUGCUUUGGAGUGCGGGCAGCUGCAUGCGUUGAUUUGCGGCCUACGACAGGAAACUAAUAGGAAUCCAUGCCACAGUUUUGUCUUUAACAGUGUAAUAGCUACACAUAAUUAAAAUAUCAGGCAUUUACCCUUUAAAUUUUAUUGUACUGUAUUUAUGAUGGUUUAUGUUUGACAUAAUCAUAAAAUAUUCAAAGAAUAUGAACUGAGUCCAGCACAAUGGUGGAUUUUUCAUUAACGUGUCCAUCAAUCAAUGAUUUGUGAAGGAGGUUGCCUUAAUCGCAGAGCCUGUCCGUCUGAUUACAGCCUGAUUAAAUUGUUCAAUUCACAAUACAUAAAGUGAGACAACACUUGCUGUUGUAGAACGUCACAUAUUAAGCAAUUUCAUGUUUUAAUUAUAUGCCUUAUCUCUUCAACUACUUAAUGCAGAUUAAACUCAUCUUGUUUCUCAACUGGUUGCUAUGUUUCCUCUUUGUCUUAAUUGUUUGUUUUGUGUUCUUUUUUUGAAGUUACAGAAAAAAUAUGAAAACAUCAAAAAUAUUUUCAUUUUUAACAGUUAAAGGUCUGGCUUGAUGAAGGAUUAUAUCAUACUAGGCUAAAGAAGGUGUUUUAUUUGUCGAGCUACAAUGAAUAUAAAUAUUAUAUAUAUAUAUAUAUAUAUAU